AUGAAUUCCAACUCUUCUUACAAUCUCACCUUCAGUGACGUUUUCUUCUCUUCUUCUUCCUUCCGUGAGCCUCUCGUUUCACGGAGGCUGUUUAUAUUAAGAGAUGUUCAAGUUGUUGAGCUCUUCAUUGCCCUUUUCGCGUUUGUCGCAAUACAUUCCUUGCGUCAGAAGAAACACUAUGGCCUCCCCGUGUGGCCGUUCCUCGGGAUGCUUCCUUCUCUAGCUUUUGGCCUCAGAGGAAACAUCUACGAGUGGCUCUCCGAUGUUCUCACUCUUCAGAACGGGACUUUCCGUUUCAGAGGCCCUUGGUUAAGCAGCCUACACAGCACUAUCACUUGCGACCCAAGAAACGUUGAGCAUCUCCUCAAGAACCGUUUCUCUGUCUUCCCUAAAGGUUCUUACUUCCGAGAGAACCUCCGAGACCUCCUUGGAGACGGAAUCUUCAACGCCGAUGACGAGACUUGGCAGAGGCAGAGGAAAACCGCGAGCAUCGAGUUUCAUUCAGCUAAGUUCAGGCAACUAACCACUCACUCGUUGUACGAGCUCGUCCACAAGAGGCUCUUACCGGUUCUUGAAACUUCGGUUAAGAGCUCUUCUCCUAUUGAUCUACAAGACGUGUUGUUGAGGCUAACGUUCGAUAACGUGUGCAUGAUUGCCUUUGGAGUCGAUCCAGGUUGUCUCGGUCCUGACCAACCUGUGAUACCCUUUGCCAAAGCCUUUGAGGACGCGACAGAAGCUGCUGUUUUGAGAUUUGUCAUGCCUACUUGUGUGUGGAAGCUCAUGAGGUAUUUCAAUUUCGGAACAGAGAAGAUGCUAAAGGAAUCAAUAAAAGGUGUGGACAAUUUUGCUGAUGAAGUUAUCAGGACGAGGAAGAAGGAGCUUUCUCUUGAGGGUGAAGCCACAAAGAGAUCGGAUCUCUUGACGGUGUUUAUGGGUCUGAGAGAUGAGAACGGAGAGAGUUUUUCAGACAAGUUUCUUCGUGAUAUCUGUGUUAACUUCAUACUUGCUGGGAGAGAUACUUCUUCGGUGGCUCUGAGCUGGUUCUUCUGGUUGCUAGAGAAGAAUCCGGAGGUGGAAGAGAAGAUCAUGGUGGAGAUGUGUCAGAUUCUUAGGCAGAGAGAUGAACAUGGAGAUGCAGAGAGGAGAGAGUAUGAGCCUGUGUUCGGACCAGAAGAGAUCAAGAAGAUGGAUUAUCUACAAGCUGCUUUGUCUGAAGCUCUCAGAUUGUAUCCUUCAGUUCCUGUGGAUCACAAAGAGGUUCAAGAAGACGAUGUGUUUCCUGAUGGGACAAUAUUGAAGAAAGGAGAGAAAGUUAUAUACGCGAUUUACGCAAUGGGUCGUAUGGAAUCUAUUUGGGGGAAAGACUGUCGUGAGUUUAGGCCAGAGAGGUGGCUAAGAGACAGAAAGUUCAUGAGUGAGUCGGCCUAUAAAUUCACGGCCUUUAACGGCGGUCCACGUCUUUGUCUAGGCAAAGAUUUUGCCUAUUAUCAGAUGAAAUCAGCGGCGGCUGCAAUAGUUUACCGGUACAAGGUGAAGGUCGUGGAGGGUCACAAAGUGGAACCGAAGCUGGCUCUUACAAUGUACAUGAAACAUGGCUUGAUGGUGAAUUUGAUCAAUAGGAGUGCCACCGAGAUAGAUCAAUACUAUGCCAAGUCUAUUGAUGAGGGUGAUAUCAAUAACUAG